AUAACACUAAUUUUGGAUGAUUUUCCACAAUAUUUUCUGGGGUUGGCAAGUUUAGUCUCUGGUUUGCUCCUAACACCCACUGCUUCCAGUUAGAUGCAAACAAUAGAUGAUCCACCGCCUCAAUAGCUCGAUAGAUUUUAAACAAACAAAACUCGGUUUUUCUUUCUGUUUGGAUUCAAUGACACAUCAAGGCCACACAAAGAAAUCUCGCCACCCGCAAACUGCAACGCCGAUUUCCACAAUUGACCCGUCGAUUUCCCGUUUGGAGGCGAACAGAGAACCUAUUUUCCUCUAUCGAGACCACCAACGCACCACCGUCGACCCCCUUUGCCGUCUUGCUAAGUUUAGAAUUUGUCGGCGUCCUUUGGCAUACGAUGUUCGCAUCUCCUUUGCUGAUAGGAGGCUGAGAGGAAGAGAUUACACAGAAAUAGUCGAUUGUGUAUGUUUUGAGCGACUAGGUCACAGGAAGAUCACUGCAAAAGUCGACAUACAACUUUAGCUAUUGUAGAAGCUGAUGAUAGUGAAACUAAAAAUAAUGCAGAUACGAUCAAAGAAAAGGAAAAUGGGGUUGAAAAGAUGAACGAUACCGAAAUUGAAAGUAAAGAGUCAACAAAGCGAUAAGAAAAGCUCCCCAGGAUCAUGUGCUUGCGUUAUUUAUGAGGAAUGAGGAUACUUCCAUACUAUUACAUGUACGAUUUUGUUUCCUUACUGUUGAAUUAUUUUGAGUAUAUUAUUGGUUCUAUUAAAAUAGUUUAUCAUAUAUGGUAUUACAUUUCAUUUUGCAUGCCAU